CUCGAAAAAAAAAUGAAAUUCAAAGAUCGUCGGUCUCAAGACCAGAUUUAAAAUGAUCUUAAAUAUGUAACAUCAGACUAUCGAACGUAGCUCUUUUAUAAAUAAUUAAUUCUUGCUGCCUGAUGCUUGAAUGAUCGUAACGUAAGACAACGCGGGAGAUAAUCGGUUUGACAUUACUCGGUGCUACGAUAUCGGGAUUCUGAGCUCAUUGAGCUAUUCGAAAGGUUACUUGGAGAUAGAAGGAUAGAACGUGCUAGAAACAAAGCCGAGAGAGGCGUCGUGAAAGAGAGAGAGAGAGAGAGCGACAUUCGCGACACUUGGGCACUUUUCAGCUGUUUUCAGUCUCAGUUCUCGGUGGGAUUGAUAACUCUAGCGUUAAACGAAUAUUCUCGAGAUGUCACAGGAGAUAAAUCUGUUGCACUGCUACCAUCGCGGCUGUGGAAAGAAAUUCGAUCCGAAGGACAACAAGGACGAUGAUUGCCUUCACCAUCCGGGACAGCCGGUGUUUCACGACGCGUACAAGGGAUGGUCUUGCUGCAACAAGAAAUGUACGGACUUUACCGAGUUUUUGAACAUCAAGGGCUGUACAAAGUCAAAGCACUCGAAUGAGAAACCUUUAGAACCGGAGAAACCGCCGGUUGACAGAUGCAAGGCUGACGAGGUGAUACAGAUCGUCACGAGACCUCUGAAUAAUGGAACGUCCAUACAGAGACCUCCUUUCGACGCACCUCAGCUCAAGCUGUCGCCGACGAUAUCUCCCACUUUACUAGAACAAAUUAAAGGGCUGACAGCUUUAGAAAAUGUCAAGCAGACAGAAGGGGUAGUGCAGAUAGGACAAACUUGUAAAAAUAGUUCUUGCAAAGGGACCUAUGAGGGAGUUGCCUCUGACAAGGAGAUUUGCAAUUAUCAUCCUGGUACACCUAUCUUUCACGAGGGUAUGAAAUAUUGGUCCUGCUGUCAGAAGAAGACCACAGAGUUUUCCACGUUUCUGAAUCAGCCAGGCUGUACACAAGGCAGACACCUAUGGCUAUCCAAGAAUAUGGGAAAGAAGGCUCAAUGUAGGAUGGACUGGCAUCAAACUGGAUCAUAUGUAGUUGUUUCUAUAUUUGCAAAGAAAUAUCUGCCUAGUCAGUCUGCCAUAAAGUUAAAUCCUGUCCAUCUGACUAUAGAUUUAUUUUUUGUAGAAGAAAAUUCAAGCUAUUGUCUUGAUAUAGAAUUAAAAGAAAUUGUUGAUGUCGAGCAAAGUAGUGUUCAAAUGCUGCCAUCUAAAGUAGAAAUCAAAUUAAAGAAGGCUGAGCCUGGUUCCUGGUCAAAGUUGGAUGUUCCCAGGGAAGCCAAACCAAGAAACUUGAAAAGAGAGACUAAUGAAAAUGUUACAAAUCUCAAUUCGCAAAUUGAAGCUGUGGAUCUCAGUGACCUUUAAAUACUACUAUUCUUUAAUUGUUGAAGAAUACAUAAUUAAAUACAAUUUGAUGACACUAAUAAUUUGCCUUUUUUAAAUGAUUUAUUCAAAUGAUUAAGUUUAAAAAAAAGACGUUUUCAUAAGAAAUUAUUUGUUAAUUAUUUUUGUUACAAUAUUCUUGUGCGAUGACAAUAUAUUAAUUCUUUUUAUUCAAAUUUAGAAAAGUCAAAGUUAUGAGUGUAUAUGAAGUGUUAAAUAUAUUUUUUAUAAAAUUUAAA